CGCGAGCUUUGGCGUGGCACCGGGCGGCUCGCGCUGCCGGAGGAGGCGGCGUUCCGUUGGUGACGUUGGGCUCCUGCGGCGCGGGCAGGGCGUUCUCCUGCGCUGACCCGGAGCUGUGCGGCCAGCUCCCGCCGCCGCCGCCGCCGCCGCCGCCGCCGCGAUGGGCGCACAGGACCGGCCGCAGUGCCACUUCGACAUCGAGAUCAACCGGGAGCCGGUUGGUCGAAUUAUGUUUCAGCUCUUCUCAGACAUAUGUCCAAAAACAUGCAAAAACUUCCUGUGCCUGUGCUCAGGGGAGAAAGGCCUUGGGAAAACAACUGGGAAGAAGUUAUGUUAUAAAGGUUCUACAUUCCACCGUGUGGUUAAAAACUUUAUGAUUCAGGGUGGGGACUUCAGUGAAGGUAAUGGAAAAGGUGGAGAAUCAAUUUACGGUGGAUACUUUAAAGAUGAAAACUUUAUUCUCAAACAUGACAGAGCGUUCCUUUUGUCAAUGGCAAACCGAGGGAAACAUACCAAUGGUUCCCAGUUUUUCAUAACUACAAAGCCUGCUCCACACCUGGAUGGGGUUCAUGUUGUCUUUGGACUGGUUAUUUCCGGUUUUGAAGUAAUUGAACAGAUUGAAAAUCUGAAAACAGAUGCUGCAAGCAGGCCUUACGCAGAUGUCCGAGUCAUUGACUGUGGGGUGAUUGCCACAAAGUUGACAAAAGAUGUUUUUGAGAAGAAAAGGAAGAAACCAGCACAUUCAGAAGACUCGGAUUCCUCUUCCAAUUCCUCUUCCUCUUCAGAAUCAUCCUCAGAAAGUGAAGUUGAACGAGAGAGAAUCAGGAGGAGGAGACACAAGAGGAGGCCAAAAGUCAGACACACUAAAAAGAGACGGAAAGAAAUGAGCGGUUCAGAGGACCCAAGGAGGAAGCACACAAUGAGCCCCACGCGUUACUCUGAGAGGAGUGACGUGAAAGAAAAAAGAUCAGGGGACUCAAAUGCUAAAAGAGAAAAGCCCGUUGUCCGCCCAGAAGAGAUUCCUCCAGUUCCCGAGAACCGAUUCUUACUUAGAAGAGAUAUGCCUGCUGCCACAGUGGAGCCAGAGCCGAAUGUUCCAGAUGUUACACCUGUUGUAAGUGAUCAGAAACCAUCUGUGUCAAAGUCUGGACGGAAAAUUAAAGGAAGAGGCACAAUUCGCUAUCACACACCUCCAAGGUCAAGAUCCCACUCUGAGUCCGAAGAUGAUGACAGCAGUGAAACUCCUCCUCAUUGGAAGGAGGAAAUGCAGAGACUGAGAGCUUACAGGCCACCGAGCGGAGAAAAGUGGAGCAAAGGAGACAAGCUAAGUGACCCCUGUUCAAGCCGAUGGGAUGAAAGAAGCUUGUCCCAGAGAUCCAGAUCAUGGUCUUACAAUGGCUACUAUUCAGAUCUUAGUACAGCAAGACACUCCGAUGGUCACCACAAGAAACGCAGAAAGGAAAAAAAGUUUAAGCAUAAAAAAAAAUCUAAGAAGCAGAAGCACUGCAGAAGACACAGGCAGACAAAGAAGAGAAGAGUAGUUAUGCCGGCUGAUUUGGAGCCCUCACGGUCUCCCACCCGUGGAGUGAAGACCUCAUGUGAUAGAGAAAGGAGGUCUCGCGCCUCCUCUUUGUCCUCUCAUCACUCAUCAAAGCAAGACUGGUCUAAGUCAGACAAGGAUGAGCAGAGUGCUUCCGCCCUCUCCAGCAGAGGCUCCUAUAGAUCCAGGUCUCGUUCACAGUCAGAGUCCAGAGGGAGCUCGAAGUCAAGGGCCGCGUCAGAGUCCUCGUCGAGUUCUCGCAGCAGAUCACAGUCCAGGUCUAGUUCCAGGUCAGGGCGCCGAGGAACAUCCUCAAAAUCACCAAAAAAACCCGCUCAGUUGAGUGAAAAUAAGCCCAUUAAGUCAGAACCUUUAAGAUCUUCGAUGCCGCAGAAUGGAGGUGUGCUGGUGCAGCCUGUGGCAGCAGAGAGCAUCGCUGUGCUCCCCUUGAGUGACAGCCCGCCCCCGUCCAGGUGGAAGCCAGGGCAGAAGCCCUGGAAGCCUUCCUACGAGCGGAUUCAGGAGAUGAAGGCUAAAACGUCCCACUUGCUGCCCGUGCAGAACACAUACAGUCUCACAAACAUUAAAGAGACGGCCAGGUCAUCAUCCUAUCACAAAAGAGGCCGAAACUCAGGGAGUGAUGGAAGCGCUUAUUCCAGGUACAGGGACGGCAGCUCCAGGAGCUCAAGGAGGUCAGGGAGCAAGUCUUCCAGGAGCAGGUCAUCCUCCCACUCCUACACGAGGUCACGGUCACGUAGCCUACCGACUUCACGCUCACAGUCUGGGUCUCCAUCAUCCAGGUCCCACUCACAGAGUAAGUACAGUGAUAGAUCCCGGCGCACUAGGUCAUCCUCGUACACUUCCGUUAGCAGUGAGGAUGGAAGACGAGCCACGAGGACACUUAGAGCCAGUGGGAAAAAAGGUGUCACAUCAAGUAAAAGACACCGCAGCAGCACUGGAAAGCCACUUCACAGUAAGUAUGCAAAAGGCAGAGGGAAGUCUUCAUGUCACAGAAGACAUAGUGAGAGCAGGUCGUCUGUAGAUUGCUCCUCCGACAGUGAGCGGUCACAUGUUCAAGGGGUGCACUCAGUCCCAGAGAAGGAAGUGUCGAGCGGGGAGCCGGGGAAAGGCAGAGGAGGAGGGAAGUCCAAGCCUGAAUGGGAAUGCUCUCCUUCUACAAAGAGGGCUCUGAAAGACAGUUUUGGUGGUCAUGCUAGAGAGGACAGUAAGCCCAAAGGGAAGAGCUGUGCUGGCAGUAAAUGGGACUCCGAGUCAAAUUCAGAACAAGACGUGGCUAGGAGCAGGAAAAGUGGUUCCCGAAGGUGUUCCGAUAAGGAAGAGGGUGAAGCCUCUUCAGACUCCGAGUCAGAAGUUGGUCAAAGUCACAUCAAAACCAAACCCCCAGCAAACCCUUCAGCAGACACUUCUGUGCCUGACAGCGAUGGUGCCUGGAAGUCUAGGAGACCAUGGUCUUCAGCCUCUGAGUCAGAGGGCUCCUGCUCCAACUUGGGGAAUGUCAGAGUAGAGCCCCAGAAGCAAAAACACUCCAAGGAUAGUCUUAAAGGGGAUCAUACAAAAAAGGUGAGAGAGAAAUCAAAAGCCAAAAAAGACAAAAAACAUAAGGCUCCAAAACGUAAGCAAGCCUUCCACUGGCAGCCUCCACUAGAGUUUGGGGAAGAGGAGGAGGAGGAGAUGAAUGGAAAGCAAAUUACUCAGGAGCCAAAAGAGAAAAAGCAUGUCUUCGAGAAGUGUGAAGCUGUAAAAGACAGUAUUCCAAAAGUAGAGAAAGCCUGUGAUGAAGGCAGCUGUGCCAGUAAACCCAAGGAGGGUACUUCAGAGCAGGGCCCACUGGCAGAGAGUGAGCAUGACCCCAGCUCUUGCCCUGCGCCUCUGAAAGUGGAGGAAAAUACCACCAGCUCUCCCUGUGGCACCCAGCACAUCGACGAGCAUGUCCCAGGUGGAGGGGAGGAUGUGCUUCAGACAGACGACAACAUGGAGAUUUGCACCCCUGACAGGAGUUCCCCUGCAAAGGGAGAGGGGCUGUCCCCUUCAGCAAACCACAGGCUGGACAGCCCAGAGGUGAGCGUUGUCCCAGAGCAGAGUGAGCACACGGCACAGCCCAGAGCAGCAGGGAGACCAGAAAGCAGUAAGUCUGAAAGUAAAGCCUUGAGCGAAGGUGGGAGACAGGACAGCUCUGCCAGCUUGGCCAAUCCUGUAGAAAGUGCUGGAAAGAAGGAAGGGUCUGAGAAGAGCCAGGUGACCCUCACGGAGAAGUGGAAGCCACUGCAAGGUGUAGGGAAUCUGGCAGUGCCUGCUGCGACCACAUCCAGUUCUCGGGAUGUGAAGGCAUUGCCUACUGUGCCUGAAGUGAAACCACAGGGCUUGAGGAUAGAGAUCAAAAGCAAAAAUAAAGUUCGCCCUGGCUCUCUCUUUGAUGAAGUAAGAAAGACGGCACGCCUAAACCGGAGGCCGCGGAAUCAGGAGAGCUCUAGUGACGAGCAGACGCCUAGUCGGGAUGGCGAUAGCCAGUCCAGGAGUCCACACAGGUCGAGAAGCAAGUCUGAAACCAAAUCUCGACACAGAACAAGGUCUGUCUCCUACAGUCACUCAAGAAGUCGAUCUAGAAGUUCCACCUCAUCUUACCGAUCACGAAGCUACUCUAGAAGCCGGAGCCGAGGCUGGUACAGCAGAGGCCGAACCCGCAGCCGCAGCAGCUCCUAUGGAAGUUUCCACAGCCACAGGACAUCCAGCAGGAGCAGGUCCCGGAGCAGCUCCUAUGACCCCCACAGCCGCUCCAGCAGAUCCUACACUUACGAUAGCUACUACAGCCGCAGCCGCAGCCGCAGCCAGAGGAGUGACAGUUACCAUCGGGGUAGAGGUUACAACAGGCGGUCCAGGAGCGGCAGGUCCUAUGGCUCGGACAGCGAGAGUGACAGAAGUUACUCUCCUCGCCGGAGCCGCAGCGAGAGCAGCAGAUACAGCUGAGGCGUCCGUGUACAGACUGUGUCUUCACUGUAAAUACUGGUAACUUAAAGCUGAAGAAACGGGACGGCAGUCUGUUGUGUUUCAGUGUGAGCUCGGUCCAGGAGUGGAUAUUUCUGGUCACUUCCACGUGCAGAAGACUUUAAAGUGCACAUGUCCCUAGAUAGAUUUUCAUGGCCCACUUGACAGUAGACAACGAGGAAAUGUUCAUUUUCUUGAAUCAAGAAAUGGUAAAUUUGAUGCAGGUAUAAUUUGCAGUGUUGCUUUAGGGAGGGUUUUCUGUAGCUCACAUAGUCCGUGGGAUUCAGGCUUCUUUUGUCAGUGUUUCAGGUCUUAGCAUCCAUGUGUCACAAGCCACACGUUCCCCUGUCCCCGUGCUGGUUACCAUUUUGGUGUGAGCGGUCAGAUCAGGCUAUGCGCGUCCUGGGACUGCAGCCGGGUGUGCGGUCCAUCCAGGUGUGAGCACCCACACCGUCUGAGGGCUCUGCCUUUCCACACUGACUGCCAGCAGCUUUCCACAGCAGCCCAGAUGGGGACUUGCUGCACUCCAGCUCGUGCUUUGGUGCUCGGUGCCUUUGGUUCCUCUCACUCCUGACCUCAAACACGUGUCCUGAGGCCAGGAGGUGAGUCACGACUUCAUUAAUUCACUGGCACCAAAAAUUAUUUCUUCUGAGCUGGGUUCACUAUGGGUGUACAGGCUUCUUGCAGACAGAUAGGUGGUGGAGGUUCCCGGAGCCGGGCCCACAGGCUGGCCAUCUUGUUCUGCACAUGUGUGCUGGAAGAGCCAGCUGAAGAGUGAACUUCAGAAGCAAUCCCACACUCUACUCACCAUGACCCAGAGACGCUUUGGCAAAGCUUUCCUCUCACCAUGGCGACAGUAGCAUCCCUGCCCCAACCAGCGUGUUCCCCGUUUGUGCUGAUACCCCCACUGACUCCGUGAAGUCCUGUCUGACCGGAGUUGGGGGCAGACGGUCACAGGCUGCUGGCACACAGAUGUUCUUGUGGCUUUCUGUGGUUCCAAGAAUUCAGCCUGCAAAAACUAGUUUGGGUUUGUUUCUUUGUUUUGUUUUACUCUUUAUUUUGCAUUCUUUCCCCAAGUGUACUUAAUCACCUUAGUGCCGAUUUAAUCCAGUUCACAGAAUUCCUGUUGGAAUUGGUGUAGAAGUCUGUACCAUCCAAUCCUAGGCCUUGAUGAUGUAAAUGGGAAGCAAAAGAGCCUUGGGCUGGAGGAGCUUACAAACGCCCUGGCCAAAUGGAUAUAUGAAAUCGUCUUCCAGGCUCAGUCAUAUGUACUUAGCAUGUACGUUCCGUGACCAGCACCCCAAAAAUAAUGCUGUCACCCUUACGAGGUAUGUAAACAGCAUUUUGGCAGCCAGCCAGCUAUUGUUCACCAUGUCAGUAAAUAAAAGUUCAUUAGAAAGCAGGAUAACAUCAGGAAUCAGUGUUCGGUGGGUUGAAGAUUAAACGUGGUUUAUAGUGAGUGGUUUUUGUUUUUUGUUUUUUAAGUUGUCCACAGAAAAGGAUGUCUGAAUCUACUAGUUGGUGGGAAGAAUGCAUUUAGAGCCCAAACUGCCAAAUGGAAUUAGUAAGAAAAGGUCGCUGUUGGGCGGUGUAAUAUUUUGUUGCUGUGUAACAAAUUGUCUCAAAUACCACAGCCUAAAGCAGUGCCCAUCAUUGACUCGGACUCGAUAGGGUUGACAUCUUUGCUCAGGAUCUCAGGGCUGUGGCUAAUGGCUGGACGGGCACAUUCCUCAUGAAGCCUCUGGGAAAGAGUGAAUUGCUUGUAGACUGUCAGCCGGGGACUCUCUGGGCUCCUCUGAGGCUGCCCACAGCCCCUGUUGUAGGCCUUGCAUCUUCAACCAACAGGGACCCUUUUAGUUUUGUGUUUCUAAAAAAAAAACUGCCUUCUUCCUGUUCAAGGGUCCAUGUGACUAGAUCAAACACCAGAGAGAAAUGUUUGCUUGAAGUCCAGUGGCCAGUGGAGUUACAGACGUUGGCAGGUCAUGGGGAUGGACAUAGGGAGAGGGAGGGCCUGCCUCCUGCUUCUUGCCGCAUGGACAGGGCUUAACCUGCCCAGGCAGGCGCCUGUCUUCAGCAGUGGCAGCCUUGCUGUUUAUACUCGAGUGAACUACAGAAACGGCUUUUCUUCCUAACCAGAAUCAUUCUGAAUUUCGAAGUUAUUUUUUUAAUAAAAUUGAAUUAUGUUGUAUAAUGUGCUUAAUAGAAAAUGCUUUAUUGGACGGUUUUGUAACAUCCUGUUUACAGCAAGGGCAUAGAUUGUUCAAAAAAUGUAGAAAAUACUUUUGUACAUAUCAGCAGUGUCUAAUUUGUAUAUACCUCGAUUAAAUUUCCCUACAACUUGGAAAGGAUCUUGUAGAAGUGAAAAUACAUGCUAACUUUGA